CCUCUUUCGUCCCUCGAACCACCCGCGGCCGGAAGAAACGGCGCUGGCGCAUACCGUUCACCGAGUAGAGCCCGGAGGCAGACGCCGCCGUCGCGCGGCGUGACACACGCAAACCAUCAUGGGAUUGCCCCAGCUUGACGUCUGGUUUGCUGGCGCCGACGAUGAGUUGCCGUCCUUCUCCUUCGCGCUCUCUUUGUCAUUCCUCAACUCGCCGUGCGGAAUACUGACCAUCGCCGAAAUUGUAACGGGCAUACUGACGUUCGCCCUGUCCUACAGCAGCCGCUACGUUCUACUGCAAGCCUUUGGACUCGUCUUUUAUCUCAGCGGCGGCAUCUCCCUGCUGGCCCUAGAAGCCGGUCAAAGCGUGGCGAUUGCUGCUGGGGUGUUUGCCAUAAUCAGCUCAGUUCUUCACGGCCUGCACGCCGUCUUCGUCUACCUAAAGAGGAAGAAAUGAUUUCACGUCUGAGAAGAAUAACACGUUCAUUUUCAGCGCACUGCCUCUUCAUCGGAAGUUUCUGGUCACUUCUAUCUUGGAAUACUGAAGACCCGAAGACUUGUGCCGAAUGACUGCAAUAUAACCGGCGAAGAAAACAUGCUGAUAUCGAAGCCUUUACCCGUGUAUUUGAGCGCCAAAUCUUCAAUAAAGAGCGCAUUAUUGUUGUUCGUCCAAA